GAACACGGCCUGGACUUCCAGCGUCUUUUGGACGCCAGCGAUUACAAGGAGCUGUAUCGGGAAGACAUGAUCCGCUGGGGCGAAGAACGACGCCAAAGCGAUCCCGGUUUCUUUUGCCGCAUUGUGGUGGAGGGCCUGACGCAACCCAUCUGGAUUGUGUGUGACACCCGCCGAUCCUCGGACGUGGAGUGGUUUCGAGACGUGUACGGGGACCUGGUGCAAGUCGUGAGGGUGAUCGCCACGGAGGAGACGCGGCGAAGACGGAAAUGGGUGUUUGUGGCAG